AUGGGGAUGAGAAACAAAGGUCGAAAGGGUAACAAACAUCAUGCGAUGAAAGAACGGAGGGUUCAUGUGGACUCGGAAAACUCCGACGAUGAACAAACCGGAAGUGGCGGUGAUAAUGACAUCUCACGUAACGACCCUCUAUCAAAUGUUAAUAGUGGUAGUAGUGAAAAUGUGGUAAAUGAAAUCAAACAAUUGAAAGCAAAAUUUUAUGAGUCAGAUAUAGAAAGAGAAGGGCUCAGGAGCCUGACCGAAUCUUUAAAAACAAAGGUGAGCCAGCUCCAACAACAAAUCCUGAAGUAUGAAAGUUCAUCACAAGAAAACGACGCAUUGAGGUCACAAAAGGAGUCACUCGAGGAAAAAGUUGAAAAGUUACAACUGAAAGUUCGAGAAUAUGAGAAGACCAUUCAAGAAUUCCGAAGCGACUUGGAAAGUGUCAAUCAACAGAAUAUCGAAUAUUCAAGAAGUAGAAUUGAACUAGAGAAGAAAAAUAAUUUGCUCGAGUCUGAAUUACGAAGAUUACAAACCAAAGUAAAUGAAUCUGAUAAAGAGGUCGACGAUCAGAAAUACGAGAUAGAAAGAUUGUUGGAUCGCAUUAAUUCUUUAAAACAAAGUAAAGCGGAAAUGAAAGAUCUACACGAGAUUGUGGACGUCGAAUAUAGAAGAUUACAAUGUAGAAAUGUCGAAAAUGAAUUGGAGAUCGAGACGUUACAGUUGGAGGUGAAAAGAUUAAGGGAUAAGUGCGUGAUGAUGCGUCAAGAAUCGGAUGAGACGGUCAGAUCUCAUGAUAAAUUAAAAUUCGAUAUGAAGGCAUUACAACAUGUGAUUGUUGAACAAGAUCGUAUCAUAAGAACCAAGGGUCAAAAAGAAAGUUGCGUGCAUCCCGCAUACUGCAAUGUAUGCAAUAAACUUAUUGUUGGAAUUAGAUACAAGUGUGGACAUUGUGACAACUAUGACAUAUGCGUCAACUGCGAAGGCUCCAAUCACGAUCGUACACACGUUUUUAUCAAGAUCAAGUAUCCGAUUGACAACGACAGAUUCGCGGAUACUGCCUUGCUGCCUAAAUUUCGGUUAAUCGAACAAUAUGAAAACGAUGUUGAUCAUAAAGCCGUUUGCGACGUGUGUCAUAAGAAUAUCAUGGGUAUUCGACAUAAGUGUGGCCAUUGCGCUGAAUUCGAAAUGUGUGUAAGUUGUGAAGCAUAUCCAUACAACAUUCACGAUCCUACCCACGUUUUCAUAAAGAUUAAAAGACCAGUGUGUAUUGAUUCCAAGGAACCAUUACUCCCGCGUGAUUUUCACCCUUCUACUAAACAACAAUAUUAG